AUGGCGCGCGCGUGCAGGGCGUCCUUGCUGCUGGCGGUGAUCGCCUUGGCCGGAUUCGCGGGUGUGUCCAACGGCCAAGUCCUGAUAGACGUGCUCAACGGCGUGUCCGAGGAGUGCAAGGACAAUAUCGUGUGGUUCGCCACCAACUGCUCCGACGACUUCGCCGCGGCGGGCGAGGCCCUGGGAUUCGGCUGGCCCCCAACCGAGUCUCUGGACAUCGACACGGCCGCUGCCGAGGAUUACUUCAAGGACCUGGAGGAGAUCGCACCUGGGUGCUGCAAGGCGCUGUGCGACUUGGCUCAGAGCAAAUGCAUGUGCGACGACGACACGCACGGCGCCAUUACCAAAACCCUCUUUUCGGACGACGGGGCGUUCUUCGUCAAGAUGCUUGAAUUCGGAGGGAGCAAGUGCGGGCACAAGCCGACGGUGAAGAACCUGAAGAAGACCUGUAAGAAGGCAGCCAAAAACGUGUGCACCUGA